AUGCCUCCAAUAUCAACAGCAGCAAUGGAGGAUCAGAUUUUAAAAGCAUACCUACUCAAUCCGGCAUCAUUACCUACAAUCAUCACAUUCGAAGAAUUCAGAGAUCUAUUCCCAUCCAACCAGCAAUCGCAUCCCCAGGUCAGACUCCUGUAUCGAGAUCUCCAAUUCCUCCGUACAGUAGACACUGACCUGGUCGAAGAGAACAUUGCCAAAGAAUGCCAGAAUGGUGAGCAUCAAAGGCGAGAGAUGUACCGUGCUUUGCACCAACAGCCAAACUCGAAUCAGCAAGACCACGGCCCAUUGAAUGGUGCUAAAGACGUGCAAGCAGAUGAAGUCAUGUACGGCCCAACUGGGAGUGUCCCGAAGAGGAAAAAGGGGCAUACGAAGGAAAGCCUGUUCAAGGAGAUGGAAGAGACGAUCAGGUAUCUUGAGGUUGACGCAGUGGUUGCGAAGCGAGAGGCAGACAAGCUUUUGGGCCAGAUGAGAGAAACUGUAGGAGGUCUGAGCGAUUUGAGAUAUGGCAAAUUCGCCAGAAAUUCUAACGGAGAGACCGGUGUGGAAGCAGAGGUUGUGAAGGGCCUCCACGGGCUGGAAGAGGCAAUCAAUGCAAAUUCAGUGCAGCCAUAA